AUGCCUCCUGAGAUGGCCCGAGCGGCCUCCCAAGCUUCAAGUGCUGCUUCCCAGGCCACGCAGAUAGUAGCACCUCACAGUCGCCCUGGGACAGCGGAUCUCAUGAGGUCACGCUCCGAAACCGUAGUAUCCAGAAACAGUCGCCGUCCCAGGUCCAGAGGCUCGACUGCUAGCAUCCACUCCACCACGACCCAGCAGACCCAGGACCAGCAGCUCACCGAUGGCUUCUCCCAGUUCAUGCCCACCCAAGCAACCUCCGGUCACAAUGUAUUCGGCGCUAACCCGGAGGAAAUCAUCAUGCGAUUCGGCCAACAGUUGUCGCACCCCGUGAACGGAGCGUCCCUCGAUCCCACCCUGCAGGAAGCUCACCACCCUGUCAUGCCCAGAGCAGAAGAAUUCCCCAGCCAUGCCAUGCAUGGUCACCAUCUAUCACACCACUCCCUCCCCGCCGGCAUCCCGAGCCACGGAUUGCCUAAUGUGCCGAUGCCUCAAUUCCAGCCCAUGUAUGACAGUGGGAUCGAGAACCACGUGCCUGAGCAUGUACUAGAGGACAACGAGAUCUCCGAGGCUGGCGCGAAGAAGAAGAAAGGGUCCAGCUCAUCGCUAGCCAAUGACAAUGAACUGCGCAAACUGCUACGGCAAUACGAAGGGUAUUCGCUGAAGCAGAUGGCAGCCGAAGUCUUGAAACACGAAGGGGCUGGAGGCAAGGCUGAAAAGGUCAAGCAGGUCUUUGCCAUGAUUUGGUUGAAGGAGAACUGCCGGAAGAGCAGCGGCUCCGUGCGACGCGAUCGUGUAUAUUGCUGCUAUGCAGAAAAGUGUGGGACAGAACGUGUGUCGGUGCUGAACCCGGCUUCGUUUGGAAAGCUUGUGCGAAUCAUCUUUCCCAAUGUGCAGACCAGACGACUUGGUGUUCGGGGGGAAUCAAAGUAUCAUUAUGUCGAUCUGACAGUGAUCGAGGAGAAGCAGCAGAGGCCACCGCCACUCAAUCCACAGUUACCAUCCAACGUGAACAGCGCGGCGAGUGUAGCUGAAAGUAAACCCGGCGAGACGCUGCAGAAAAGUGUUAGUGUUGCGCCACAGCCUCCCGCAGAUACCGCUGUAUUCCCGUCCCCUACAACAUCCUUCACCCCAAGAUUCACUGCAAAUGUCCCUACUUCAGGAUGCGGCUGCCACUCUCCAUCUCAUCCCCAUGCCGACACAUCGAUCACGCUUGAAAAUGUUGCAAGUAAAUCAGGAAAGAUUAUCCACCAGAUGCUUCAGCUACCGUCUUCUGAUUCGCCUGCGAUUGACAACGAGUCCCUGCAACUUCCUGAUAUUAGCGAUUACCUACCGGCCAAUACGGAUGCGAAAAUCGCGGCAGCUCUUGCAGCUCUUUACCGUUCCCACUGCAUCUCGGUCAUUGACAGUUUCCGAUACUGCAAGGAAAGAAACAUGCUUCGAUACUUCUCUGCCUUCCACGGAACGUUGACUGUACCCGUUCAGAAGCUCCUGACCCACCCCAACCUUGCUCCAUGGAUCAAGGAAUGUGACUGGAUUAUGUACCAGAAGAUGAUUGCUUUCGUGGCACCUCUUACUACGCAGGUCGUUCCCAAGCUCGUGCUGGAUGCUUUCAGCUCGAUCUCGCAGCGGCUGACAGCCCAUAUUGCCGAUACUUUCAAAGCCCAGCCACUCCAUGUUUCCUUAGCAAGGUUAAUCCCGGCUCAUAUCUUCUGUAACCUGCUAAAGCAUAUGCUGGAUGUGAACCAAUCUGCCAACGCGGCUGCUGCCUGGUUGUGCCACCCCGACAACAGGAACCAGAUGUGGUUCGACUUCAAAACCUUGGUGGAUCCCAAGGAGAUGAUCUCGAAGGCCAACAUCCCAAGCUGCGCAGAACGGGCAACAGAGCAGAUAUUGAAGCACGAUGUUCGCGCACUUCUCACCCCUGUCGCAGAUAUGAAUCCCUCUGCUGCCCUCCCAUUUUAUACCCGACCUGAUACCGACGAAGACCUCCAAACACCGAGAAACCCCGUGGAGCCGGCUACAGGUGAUGACUACAACUUUCCGGACAAGUGGAUCUCAUUCAUACUCAAUCUGCCAUCCGUCUUCCCUCACCACAGUACGCAGUGUGUCAUUGAAAAGGUUGAUGCUCUGUGGGACUGCAUCCUGCGGCGGCUGACCCUAGGAGGGGCGCAAAGCUUUAGUGCCUGGUGGAUGACCAAGGUUUUCUUCCAUGAAAUGAUGCUAUGGCAGGCCGAGAAAGGGGGUUUCAUGCGUUACACCCCAAGCACCUUGCACUACGCCGGCUUGCGCUCAAACCAGCAAGGGACCACCAACUUGCUCAUGAAAUCGUCUAAUUGCCCAGUGCCCGACAAAAAUGAGCCACAGCACACCGCUCAUUCGAGAACAAGUUCGGCUGCUAGUCCGACUUCAGCAGAAAACAUCACACAAACUCAAACGCCAUUGAAUCGCUCGCAGAUGGAGGCCGACUCGAACCCGAACACCAUGGAACCCGAGAAGCCUAGCGGCGUCCCGGAGAACAUGGCUGGUUUCCAGGCUCCAAAUAACGACGACAGUGCCAUUGACCUUGACGAUGAUUCGAUGUUGAUGAAUGUGGGUAAAUAUGGUGAUAUGAUGGUCUCUGACCCAGCAGACGCUGAAGGAGAUGUUGUCGUCAUAUGA